AUGAGACUAGAACCGAACAAAACCAAAUCGAAUCCAACCCAAUCAGCCAGAAAGGGCAGGGCCAAGGGGCGAGGCGUGCCCCUUUUUCUGUCCGUCAUGAUCCGGAUGGGGCCCCAACUAGGGACCCCGUCGGGGAAGUGGAGGCACUGGGAGGACGGCUGGAAAAGGCCAACCAAAGAGCUGCUCACGGUCGUCGGGCAGGGCCUGGGAAGGUCAAAGCUCUGGAUCCCGGGCGGGCAGGACGAUCAGCGACCCCAGGGUCCACCAGGGACAGCGGGGACCCCAGGAACCCCAGGGACGACCAGGGAUUCCCGCGCUACGUUAGUGAAGAGAGGGCGUUUUCCUGUCAGCCCCCGGGGAGCGGGGAACCGAGCCUCUGGAGAGCCGGCCGUCAGAGCUGUUCCGUCAGCCGAGGAUGUUAGGCGGCUUAGGACUGCACGACAGGGAACCCUGACAGGAUGCGAGCCCCAGACUUGCUGGGCCACGCCGAGAUCCGCAGAGCCUAAUUCGGAGAAACUGGGGAUAACCCCCGUAAUGACACGCUAUUUCCGCGUGUUGCCGGCCCCCAAAAGUAGCUCUCGCUUCCUGGUGGUCUCCCGAAAGGGGCAGAACCGUAACAUCGGGGAAAAACAGUCGGCUGACGAGUUUGUCAAGUUGGCUGAGGACACCAGUAAUUCCCUUCAACCAGAUGUUAAUUUCAUACAUACUUUUCUCAAGCCAGAGAAACUAACAAAGGUAGAGAAAAGGUUUAAGGGAAGAGCAGUAAUGGAAAUGAUGAAGCUGGACAAGGAAAUCAAAGAAACUCAAAUUCGGCUAGAGCCCUUAGUGGUGGAAACCCGGCAGCUACUGGAGGAAAAAGAUCACAUAGAGAAGGAAAACCAGUUCUUUCAGGAAUACCUGACCAAGCAAACGGAGGAGUCUAGACAGAGAACUGAGAAGCUGUGGAACUACUAUCUACAACAAAGCGUGAAGAUUGAACAAAGAAAACAAGAAUUAACCUCCAAAUUUGCGAACAAAAAUUCAGCGCUUAAAAGAGAGCUCUUGGAGAAGGAAAACACCCUAUCCAAUUUGAAUAAGCAGUUGGAGGCAAUGAGGGACAUUUCAGUGAUAAAGGAAAAACAGGACAGAGAAAUUGAGAAACUUCAGCAGGAGAUAAAGAAGACCCACGUUGAGACAGCUGCAAAGAAACAGGCGAUGCUCGUCCGGUUCUUCCAGGACAAAGCAUUACUGGAGGCACAGCUGAGUGAGCUAGAGGCAAGGGAGUCGGGAAAGAAGUUAACAAAGGAGCUGAAAAGCAAGAACCAGGCCUUGGAGAAGGCAGCAAAGCAGCACGUUUCCGAGUUCCACAGUAACAUCAACAGACAGCACCAACAGUUACAGAAGGAACUACCAGAGUUAGUUCAGAAAUGCCAUCAGUUGGAGGAUAUUCACAGCCAAUUAAAAAAGAAGAAGCAGCUGCUGCAACAGGAGCACUGGUAUGUGGAGUGCUUAAGGCGAGGGAGGCAACAGCUGCAAGAAAGGCGUAAUCGGUGCCCAAAUGGACAGGGUUCUCCGAAGACCACAAGGAACCCUGCCCUAGGCACCAAAUCAAAGGUGCACCCAAAGUAA